AAAAAGGCACAAACGCAGUUUAGAAUUUGAAAUGAAUUGGACAAGUUUACUUCUAUUGGCUUUGUCCACGCUUGCGGUCAGCAUCUACGUCGAUGAGCCCUUGCUCUACGACACGUUCCCACCCGAUUUCAUGUGGGCCACGGCUACCAGCGCCUAUCAAAUCGAGGGAGGAUGGGACGCCGAUGGCAAAGGAUUGAGCAUCUAUGACGUUUGGAUGAACGAUUCGAAUCACGUGACAGACGGCACGUCGGGAAAAGUGGCUUGUAAUAGUUAUUAUUUUUACGAAAAGGAUAUCGAAGCCCUACGAAGUUUGGGGGUUUCCUAUUAUCGAUUUUCAAUCUCGUGGGCCCGGGUUCUGCCCGACGGGAUUGGACGAAUCAACCAACCGGGCAUUGAUUAUUACAAACGACUGAUUGCAGCCCUCAAAGCAGCUAAUAUUCAACCGAUGGUGACUUUGUAUCAUUGGGAUUUACCGCAAGCGCUUGAACUGAUGGGAGGAUGGCUGAAUCCAAGCAUUGCCGACUGGUUCGAGGAAUACGCCCGUCUUUGUUACACGGAAUUCGGCAAUGACGUCAAAUACUGGAUUACAAUCAACGAACCAUGGGUCAUUGCUUAUCAAGGUUACGGUUCCGGAAAUACAGCGCCAGAAGGAACAUACGGACCUGGGACGUUCACAUAUCAAGCAGGUCACCACAUCAUUUUGGCACAUGCCAAAGCGUACCGAGCUUAUGAAACUCAAUUUAAACCAACUCAACAAGGUAAAGUUGGAAUCACGGUCAACAUUAAUUGGUACGAUCCGAAAGACGAUCAACUAGAAAACAUCGAAGCGGCCGAAAGGGCACUGCAAUUCCUGGGCGGAUGGAUCGCCAAUCCCAUUUACGGGUCUGGUGAUUAUCCCGAUGUUAUGAAACAAAAGGUCGGCGAUAAGAGCGCCCAGCAAGGAUUUAAUCAAUCCCGAUUGCCCGAAUUCACGGCCGAACAAAAGAUUUUAGUACGAGGCAGCGCUGAUUUCUUCGGACUCAAUUACUACACCAGUUACUUGACGGCUAACAAGAUACAAGACAUAUCAAUAAUCGAUUACGGAUACGAUCAGGAUAUUGAAAGCUAUUCGGAUCCAACUUGUUACCAAUCAAGUUUUGACUGGUUAACUAUCACGCCAUUCGGCAUGCGCAAAACAUUGCAAUGGAUUAAGGAUAGGUUCAACGAUCCGGAGAUCAUCAUUACGGAGAACGGCAUUAGCGAUCGGGCUGGAAAUUUAGACGACAUGAUGAGAGUUUACUAUUACAAACAUAACAUCAACUCUAUGCUAAAAGCCAUCAAAGAUGGAGUUCGAGUCACCGGUUACGCUGCCUGGUCGCUAAUGGACAAUUUCGAAUGGGGCAAUGGUUUUACGCAAAAAUUUGGGCUCUUUUCCAUCGAUUUCACAACGAGCGAUUUGAAUCGAACCGCCAAAGCAUCUGCCCGUUACUACGCCAAACUCGUCAACAACAAUGGAUUUAUGGCCGACCAACCUUGCAACAACAGUCCCAUUUAGAGAUAAAAAUUCAAAAGGAUUUUCCUGUUCGAAACGAGUAAUAAACCAACAUUUUAUCCCAUA